GAGGCGGAGGAGGAGGAGGAGGAGGAGGAGGAAGAGGAGGGCGCGGGCGCCGGGAGCACGGGCGCCCGCGCGGCCGAGGAGAGGCGCCCGCCCACGAGGGCCCCCGCGGAGGGCAGAGGCGGCAGGCGUGCUUUUGCACCGCGGCGCGAGGCGCUGCGCUCGCGCCCUCGUCAGGCCAUGAGAGGCUCACAAAAUUCUGCCAUUUCUUACCACCCGCCAGCUUUAAAUCUCGAGGCGGGGUGGGGGCGAGACUGCGUGUCAUACGAGAAACGGGCGGGCUCCGCUUCCUACGUGCCGAAGCACGGCCAGCACGUGCUGACACUGCCACCUGCGCGAGAGCUUAGUGAGGCGGUCGAGAAAACGGGGAGAGCGCUGCACAAGAGACCGGCAUCUUCGGCACGGUGGUGCAGGCUGGCUCGACGGCAAGACCAGAAAGAACGAUAUGAUCGGGGUUCACGCUGCACUUGCCGCUCAGGCCCCCCGAAGGGCGGAUCACGAGGAGAAGAGGUAAGGAGGGAAGGUGGGUAGGAACGCGAGAGAAGAGAGGGAGGAGAGGACACAAGGGAGCAAGGGAGAGUGAUCAGCGUCUUUAUGCACAGGUCACGAGAUGAAUUCGAAGGAGGCAGUUCAGCAACUGCGGACGUGGCAUGGUGCUACACGCUAUGAGUCACCACUCGAAUACUAAAUUAGCAAGCGGCGAACACUCUUAGAGAUCGAUGCCUAAAUUCACCAUUCUAUGCAGCGACCACGCCCAACUAUAGAAAUAUCAACCUACGAACUACCAAGAUAUGCACAAUUCAUGCCUGCGAAUUCGCAAGGGUUGCGCUAACUGCUGCAGGUGUGCUGUCGCACUGAGAGCCUGCCCCCGUCACAUCAGCCAAUUAAAACACAAACUCCAGCC